ACUCAACAACCAGGUCGCCGUAAGAGGGUCAGUGUGACGUGCCAUGUUUGCGUAAUAGAUUGACUUUUAGUCUGCUCCUUGUGUUCAAAUACACUGUUUGGUUCACCGGAUGGCAGAAGGAGACUGUCGUUACCACACAGUGUUUGAUUGCAGAAGGCAGCAACUGAGCACCACAUUAAACGAUGCAGAGGCUUAAUCGGACUCUCCUCAGAACCGGCAUGCUGGGUUCCCGGUUCUACUCCAGUUACGUCUCACGGAUGCGCAGCUAUCUGUUCACGUUGAAGGAGGAGGAUGAGGUGUGCCGCAAGGCGAAGGACUCUGGCAGUAUCUACCUCUUCCACAAGCUGGCGCCACUGCUUCAGAAAGCAGAGCACAGCGGAUACACAAUUCCAGCAAUGCAAGCUUCAGACGUGAAGGGGAUUCUGGGAAAGCUGGGUCAGAAUGAAGAACUUCUGCAGGAGUCCAUUCUGAUUGGCUGUUCGGAGAGCCAUGUGACUCAGUUUGCUCUGGACCUCGGGGUACUGGAGAGAGAGAGCGUGGAGUCACAGGUUACUGGCAAGUUCGUGGAAUUGAGGAAGGCCUUCCUUCUCUUAAACGGACAUGAUCUCCCACUGAUAUCCCAGAGCCAAGCCCUGCUCCGCUGGCACCAGACCCACAGAUACUGCAGUGAGAGUGGGCAGCUUACCCAGCGGAACCAGGCGGGCAGCAAGCGGGUGUGCCACGCCAAUGGGGCCAUCUACUAUCCACAGAUGGCGCCGGUGGUGAUCACCCUGGUGUCAGACGGUACCCGGUGCUUGCUUGCGCGACAGGCAUCCUUUGCCAAAGGAAUGUACAGCGCCCUGGCUGGGUUCUGUGAUGUAGGUGAGACGGUGGAGGAGACAGUGCAGCGGGAGGUAGCGGAGGAGGUGGGUCUCGAGGUGGAGUCUCUGUGGUACACAGGCUCCCAGCACUGGCCCUUUCCAAACAGCUCUCUCAUGAUGGCCUGCCAUGCUACUGUCAACCCCAGACACACCCAGAUCAGCUUGAACAGUGUGGAGCUGGAGGAUGCUCGCUGGUUCAGCGUAGAAGAGGUGAGGGAGGCUCUGGAACGGAAGAGACCGCCAAGGGAGAGAGCUGGCAGGGCCACGCCAGUCUGGGUCCCUCCCCGCACAGCCAUAGCCAAUCAGCUCAUCCAGGAGUGGGCCAAUCAACAACCCAAAUAGCAGCAUGAGUUGCAGUGUUGUGUGGUUACAGCGUGGAUUACAGGGAGUAGGGGAGGGCUUACUGUAUUGAGUCUCAGACAUGUGGCAUGGAAAAACUGUAUCAGUAAAACAAUUAGAGGCUAUACAUUCUAAUUGAAAGACUUCACAAACUGAGCAUUAGCAUCACAGGGUCAUAAACAUUACCAGACCAAAUCCCUGUCGGUUUUCCAGUAGAGGCCAGAAGUUAGAUGUAAAAGCUGCUGCACAUACUUUGAAGACAGCCACUGUUAACUCUUUUUACCCCAUAGUACAAAUCAGGUUAAACCCCACAAGCAUGGGGGGGACACAGGAUUAAAAAGGGUUAAUCUCACUACAGCUCCACCACCUAUCCUUACAUAUCAUCCCACACUGGUUUUUAAUAAAUACCUCAAAUUA